ACAGCUGAAUCGAGCGAGAAUACAGUCGGUUUUACGCAUGGUUUUAGGCAACAUUAGUCGCACACUUCGCAAUCGCCAUGCUUAGUCGAAGAGUAGGGGUUGUUGGCCUGGGAUUUAUAAGUAGGCAGACAUUGCCUUAUUAUAAGUGGAAUCGAUGCAUAGCUUCCAAAAUAUGUACUUCUUCAUGUAAUCUUAAAAAAUGCAACAUAGAUCCACCGUCCGAGCUUUUUCAGCCUAUGAAUGUUCCUCACAAGUUGCUGACUGGGCCAGGGCCUUCAAAUUGUCCGCCUCGGGUGUUAGAAGCAUCAGCACUGCCGUUGUUGGGUCACUUGCAUGCAGAAUUUAUUCAGGUGCUGAUGUACGCUUAUUGGAAAAGCCUGCAGGGCAAAUUUUCACACCAGAGGAAGUGGCUCAGGCUGUGAAGGAACACAAACCAUGUGCAUUUUUCAUUACUCAAGGGGAAUCUUCAUCUGGACUACAUCAGCCUAUAGAGGGCUUUGGUGAAGUGUGUCAUGCACAUGAUUGUCUUCUGUUUGUUGACACUGUUGCCAGUUUAGGAGGGCUGCCCAUGUUUGCUGAUGACUGGGGCGUUGAUGUGAUUUAUACAGGAUCUCAAAAGGUGCUUGGAUGCCCACCAGGCACAGCGCCAAUAUCAUUCAGUCAAAAAGCAUGUGAGAAGCUUGCAUCUAGAAAGACCAAAGUGCUAUCAUAUUAUUUUGACAUGAAUGAACUAGGAAACUACUGGGGAGCUGAUGACCAACCAAGAAGGUAUCACCAUACUGGACCAAUAAGCAACUUUUACACUUUAAGAGAAGGCCUGGCUAUGUUGGUUGAAGAGCAAAUAUAUUUUUUGGAGGCCGAAGAGAAAAAGACCAAGUUAGCUUUGACAAAAUUCGGCCCUCAUGGGACACAAAUACAUUUUUCUUCAUUUUUACGCACAAUACUGUUUUUCGUCAAGUCUCUGAGGUUACCAACAGUGACAGCAGUAGAGGUUCCUGAUGGUGUCAACUGGAAAGAAGUUACUGAUUACAUAAUGAAAAAGUACAAAAUUGAAAUAUCUGGAGGCCUUGGAGAGACAGCUGGCAAGAUUUGGAGGAUCGGAUUGAUGGGGUACAACUGUAAUGAAGAGAAUGUAACUCGGAUUGUCAACGCACUCGAUGAUGCUCUCACCACACUUCACAAAUAAUUCCCAUUAUUCAUCCCUUUUUGUUCCUAUUGAGUUAUCUUAGCAUCACUCACUAGGUCUGUGCAUCUUUUGUUUUUUUUUAAGCAUGCAAACUUGUAAACCAAAUAUGUAUAUGGUCAGCAGCUGGCUGCAGUAGGUUACAACAGGCCCCAGUGCAAGGAAAUUGCCAGACACAGAAGUAAAGCAUCAACCGAUUGCCAUAGUUCAAAAUUCUGGUUUAAGUGACUGAGUUUUGGCCAUUUUAAUUUCUUACCUAAAUGAUUGCACAUUAUGUUAGUGAUGAUAUUUAGCAAGUGCCCUUUUACCACUCAGUAGAUCUGUGCUUUUGUCACAAAGGGAUUUUUUUAGUGGCAUUUUUUUAUAUAGAGUGUAUACAAAAAAAUAUAUACAGUAAUGGUGUUUGCUAUACACUGUAUUUUUGAGAGAUUUAAUUACUGCUGCCUUCCCAGAGACUGGAUUUGUAUAUUAAUCAUUAUGCGAUUACGAAGCAAGUUGCUAAGAUAUAGCAUUAAUUAUGUCAUUAAAAGUGUACUUUUAUAAUUGUUCUUUAAAUAAUAAAUAAUAAUACAGUAGUGAUAAUGAUGCUGUUGAUAAUUAUGGUUCUCCUAUUAAUAAUGAUAAUAAUAUUGAUGAUGAUGAUGAUGAUGAUAAUUAUUUGUAAUGAUAUCUGUAAUACAAAAAAGCAUAGAUAUAUAAAUUGACAUUCCUACCAUAUUUAAAAAUUCAAGAAGAUAGUGAUGAUAGAUAUAUAUUUUUUGGCCUUAACUAGUAUAUAAUGCUUGGCCUAUAUACCUUUAACAUUUAUGUAGGCUACACAUUCCCAACUUUCUUGGGAGUAUUACAGUUUGGCAGGUCAGUUGGUCAGAGUGCUUUAGUACUUUGCCAGUCCUUAACGAUAGGUGCCAAUUUUUACAGUUCUCUUUUUUGUCUGAUUGUGCUUACUGUUAUGUUGUGCAUCAGCCUGAUUGUAUAUUUGGUUUUUGUUUUCAUGUAUCAAAAAAAGUUUGAAUAAAGAAUGUAAUAUAAUAAACUUUAAUAUAACAUA